AUGGGGGCAUCUUGCUCCUGCCCGCUUGCUUUCUGCCUCGAUCUCGAGAAUGGUUUAGAAGCCGUCCUUAAAUCCAUGGACGACGCAUUUGUAAAGUUGAGUACAAAAGAUGAAGCGGCCGUGACAGGAUUCGACACGUUUGGCCCAUCGAAUAUGGGCAGCCCGAAGCACGAGGCCGCCGUUAAGCUCCAGAAAGUUUACAAGAGCUUUCGGACGAGAAGAAAGCUGGCCGAUUGCGCUGUCCUCAUCGAGCAGAGCUGGUGGAAGCUGUUGGAUUUUGCGGAGCUCAAACACAGCUCGAUCUCGUUUUUCCAUGUUCAGAAGCACGAGACGGCUGUCUCCAGGUGGUCCAGAGCAAGAACCAGGGCUGCCAAGGUUGGGAAAGGCUUAUCAGAAAACGGCAAGGCUCAAAAACUUGCUUUACAGCAUUGGCUUGAAGCUAUCGAUCCGAGACAUCGUUAUGGGCACAACCUGCAUUUCUAUUAUGUGAAAUGGUUGACUUCACAAAGCAAAGAGCCUUUCUUCUACUGGCUAGACAUUGGGGAAGGGAAGGAGGUUAAUCUUGUGGAAAAAUGCACUCGUUCGAAGCUCCAACACCAAUGCAUCAAGUAUCUUGGUCCGAUGGAACGAAAGCCUUAUGAAGUGGCGGUGGAGGAGGGGAAGCUAAUAUACAGGGAAAGUCGGGAGUUUUUGAACACGAUUGACGAGCCAAAGGGUACUAAGUGGAUUUUUGUUCUGAGCACAUCAAGGACAUUAUAUGUCGGGAAAAAGAUAAAAGGCUCGUUUCAACACUCGAGUUUUCUUGCUGGAGGAGCUACACUAGCUGCUGGGAGAAUUGUAGCUGAAAAUGGCAUCUUAAAGGCAGUUUGGCCUCACAGUGGUCACUACCGGCCCACGCCCGAAAAUUUCCAGGUCUUCUUAUCAUUUUUGAGAGAUAACAAUGUAGAUCUCAUCCAUGUUAAGCUCGAUUCCAUUGACGAAGAAGAUUCGUCCACCAGAAAACACGUUAGAAGCAACUCGUCUUACGAUGACUUGUUUGGAAAAGAUCGCCCGUUGGUAGAAGAAAAUGUUAGAUUUAACCCCAACAAAGAAGAAAAAGAGAGCGUCAAACUUGGCCUAAACAAACUCAAGACUCUUGUUAUACCACGCAAGGGUGACACGAUCGACUUGUUGCGGAACAAAUGUGAAAUAGCCGAAUCGUGCAAGAAUAUAUCAUUCUUAGCAUCACCCUGUGAUGAGAAUUUAAAGGCAAAAGAAGAGGUAGCUUUGGAUGAUGAAGAACGACACGAGACUAUUCCGGAGGAGCACAUAUUGGAAAGAAUUAAGUCUCACAAAAGAAUGGGGUCAUUCCAAUUGGGAAAGCAACUGAGCUGCAAGUGGAGCACAGGGGCCGGGCCAAGGAUCGGGUGCUUGAGAGAUUAUCCGUCGGGCUUGCAAUGCCACGCGUUGGAGCAAGCGAAUUUGUCUCCGAGAAGUAAACGUAAUUUGAGAUUCGAAUUUCCCUCUCGUUCGUCGACGCCAACCGGUAGUAGUAAUCUUUCGCGUAGUUUAGGAGGCGGUAAUCACAGGGAAUGA